AGACAGCGGAAGAGACAGCUGUGGAGUGAGAUAGAGAGAACUGUAGGAAGAGAGCAAGAAAGAGAUAGAGAGAUUUAGAAUUUGACACAGAAUUAGACAGAGGGAAAGGAGGCACACACAGCACUCACCCUCCACUGACCCCUCGUCUUACCCUCGACUCACCCUUAUCUCCCCACUUACAACAACCUGAGACAGAGACACACAGCUCUACCAGCGCAGAGAUGAGAUGACUGGACACACACUAACACACACAUUUUCUCUCUGUUGAAAGAAGACCAGAAUACACACUUUCUUUUUGUUUUCUGUCUCAGCUCCUGCUCUCGUUCUUGGACAGGAAAAAAAGGAUUACAGUUUAUUUCUUCAGCACAGUCUUUAUUCUCCAAAAUCCCCGAGUCACGUUGGACAAUUUGGAUACGUUCCUCUUUUCUUUCUCCCUCCAAGAGCUCGGAGCAACAUGGCACAGGGACAAAAGAACCACAGCGACAGCAGGCAGCAGCGGGCACAACUACUCACUAACCCCUUCUCCACCAUGGCACUGUCCCUCUCCAUGUCCUUCUUCCUCCUCCUCCUCUUCCUCACCUCCCCUGCCUCGACCGCCGACGAAUACGACUACUACAGCUGGCAAUCAGACAACUUCCACAACGGUCGUUUCUACACGAAGCAGCCGCAGUGUGUGGACAUCCCCGCCGAUUUACGCCUCUGUCACAACGUGGGCUACAAGAAGAUGCGCCUCCCCAACCUGCUGGACCACGAGACCAUGCCGGAGGUCAAACAGCAGGCGGGUAGCUGGGUGCCGCUCCUCGCCAAGCGGUGCCACGCAGAUACACAGGUGUUCCUGUGUUCCCUUUUCGCCCCGGUGUGUCUGGACAGGCCCAUCUACCCGUGUCGCUCGCUGUGUGAGGCCGUGAGGGAUAGCUGUGCCCCCGUUAUGGAAACCUACGGGUUCCCUUGGCCAGAGAUGUUGACCUGUGAUAAGUUUCCUAUUGAUAAUGAUCUGUGUAUCCCCAUGCAGUUUGCUGGGAACCAGGCCACCCCAGCUCCAGCAUCUAAAGCCUGCCCUCCAUGUGACAACGAACUGAAAGCUGACACCAUUAUGGAACAUUACUGUGCCAGUGACUUUGCUAUCAAGAUGAAGAUCAAAGAAGUGAAGAAAGAGAAGGGCGACCGUAAACUCAUCGCUGCCCAGAAGAAGAAGAAGGUGCUCAAGAUGGGUGUCCUGCGUAAGAAGGACUUGAAGAAGCUGACACUGUACAUAAAGAAUGGAGCCAACUGCCCCUGUGCUCAGCUCGACAGUCUUGGCAGUAACUUCCUCAUCAUGGGUCGUAAGGUGGACCAGCAGCUGCUGCUCAUGUCCAUCCAUAAAUGGGAGAAGAAGAGCAAGGAGUUGAAGUUCGCCAUCAAGUACAUGAAGAGUCAUCAGUGUCCCACCUAUCAUACUGUCUUCCAGUGACCUUAGUGAUACAACAACCACAACCCUACUCCCAGUCUUCCCCAGUUGUCCCUCCCUCUCCCGUCUAUCCUUCCAUUGUCCUACCUAUCAUACUGUUUUGCUGUGACACCGUGGAGAUGUAUCCUUCAUAUCCAGUGGUGUUGUGAUGCCUGUAGAAGUGGGUAUACUCUAAUUCUGCCCAAAAUAAUCUCAAAUGGCCCGCCCAUCAAAGGAAAGGCAAAAAAUAUAUAUAUUUUCCUAUAGUUUUUAUGUAUUUUCCUAUAGAUUUUUCAGGUUUUCACUCUCAGAAUCACCCUUUUUUUAUAUAGAAAAACGAUAACAAAUGUAUGUUCUAAGUCCACAAUAACGCUCAAACCACAUCAGGGGACCAUUUUUGAGGCCUGGGAAAAAUCGUAAUAAAAUAUUUUUGGCAGGUAGUAGUUGCCCAUUAAUUCAGUUGUGCACCUAGCAAGAUACCAUUUAUGCACUACAAAUGCAAAAUACAGUAACUACAUAUUUUUUGACUGUAUGAUCUGUCUUCAAAGUAUUUUUCUGUCUAGACAGACAACAUUCUCUGAUACUCAAUGAUAUCCUCUGAUCAACUGGUUUGUUAUUGUGUCAGGAAACUUAAUUCCACAUUAAUC